GUCAAUGUUCAACAUUUUUCUCUCACAUCCUCCACCCUUGAUCACAAAUUUCAAAAAACAAAGUACUCUUUAGAAUUAGAGAGAUGCAGUGGGCAAAGGGCAUUUUAGAUCUAGUCUUGCCUCUCAUGGAAGUACUUAAAUUAAAGUUUUUAAUUAUGGGAUUACUUGGAUGGUUCUUUGGAGGAUCCAUGCAACGGGUUUUCCUCGUCCGUGGCAGGUUACUCGCUUCCGCCGCCGCUCGUCAUCCUCGAAGCCCCGCAACCAUGGUGGCCGCCAAGAAGACCAAGAAGACCCAUGAGAGCAUCAACAACAGGCUCGCUCUUGUGAUGAAGAGUGGCAAGUACACUCUAGGGUACAAGACCGUCCUCAAAUCCCUCAGGAACUCCAAGGGUAAAUUGAUCAUCAUUGCCAAUAACUGUCCCCCUCUUAGGAAGUCCGAGAUUGAGUAUUAUGCCAUGUUGGCUAAAGUUGGAGUCCACCACUACAAUGGAAACAAUGUAGACUUGGGCACUGCCUGCGGCAAGUAUUUCAGAGUAUGCUGCCUCAGCAUUAUUGAUCCAGGUGAUUCUGAUAUUAUUAAGAGCAUGCCAGGUGAUGCAUAAGCUGCCAAUGCUUGAAGAUCUUCCUAGGUUUCGGUCCUUUAAAAUUUUUGUCUUUUUGAUGUUAAAGAGAACCUAAAUUCUUCAAUUCAGAUGCUUAUUUGUAACUUGUCCGGAUGUUGAUUUGAUGGAUGAUAUUUACGGAUAGUGGAUAGUCCCAUGUACUAUUUUGUGAGUGAAUUUCAUUUCAAAAUAACUCCACAUGUUUCCC